GAAGUCGGGCGCGAUUGUAUCGUAUUCUGUGGCUGGUGGUGUGUGAUUACACGUGUAUAUCAGACGAUCCAACAUCGCACUCUUACUGGCGAACUAAUCAAAUCAUUGGACGAAGCAUCAGGGAAAGACUACCGAAUCAAAACCAACGAAAUCGGUUCUAUUCAGUGAAUUUGAAUUGUGCGACGAGAAAAUUGCGCGCUUGCUCUCACGCCUCAUAGAAAUGAGUUCCUGCCAGAUGUGAGAGACUUGCAAAAACUCCCUCUCUUACACUAAAAGUGAUAAUCGUGAAAACAGAUCCCGCGCGCACGAUACCAAAAUGACAGUUAAACUUCAAACCUGUGGUGCACCCACAAUCCGGCCACUAUCGCACAUCUCCACCAACUCCCAGCAGUCGCGAAACUCGAUGAUGUCCUCCACUGCCUCGCUGGAAGCGGCCAGCGAGAGUAAACGACGCUCCAUACUCAUUCUCUCGCUGAUCGCAACCUGCCUGUUUCUCUUCGUGCUGUGCCUCUGCCUACUAACGGCACUGGUGAUGGUCGGUAAAAAUCUGUCGGCACAAAACUCGCCACCUCUGUUUUCGGCAUAUCUCAACCAGCUGACAGCGGCCGGUGGCAGGACAGCAACAACAGUGACGAGUGCGAAAUCAGGCAAAAGUAUCGAUCAUUUUAAUCGUCCUGCAUUGUUUGACGAAGAUAAGAGUUCGUCUGAUAGAACGACCGGGGAUAACAAUCGAACUGCCAUUUUACUGCCCAAUUCAGUUUACUACGGAGCGUCCGGUGGAAUGAACAACGUACUGAAGAUGGGCUCAAAAGUGAUUGAAAAGUUAAGCUUUCGGUUGCCGCGACAUGUAAAACCUCGCCACUAUGAUCUGCUGCUGCACCCGAAUCUAGAAAAGGAAACGUUUUCCGGCCAGGUCGGGAUCGAUAUCAGCGUCAGCGAACCGACGGACUACAUUGUGCUGCACAGUAAUCAGCUGACGAUUGGGGAUACACUGUUGAGCAAGGUACUUCCGGAUCGAUCGUCCCAUUCGGUGACGGUGCGGCAGGCAUACGCCUACGAACCACACCAGUACUGGGUGAUCGAAACGGAUAGGGUUGAAGCGGGCGAGUACCGGCUCAGUAUGAAGUUCAGUGGAAGUUUGGCCAAUAGGAUCGUUGGCUUCUACAGCAGCAGCUAUCGGGAUAAGAGCAGCAAUGUUACCAGAAAAAUCGCCACUUCCAAAUUCGAGCCAACCUUCGCCCGCCAAGCGUUCCCCUGCUUCGAUGAACCGCAGCUCAAAGCGACCUACGCCAUCAGCUUGGUGCAUCCGAGUACCAACAACUACGCCGCGUUAUCCAACAUGGAUGUCGAACAAACUCUCGCCAAUGUACCUGCCGCGGGACUCAGCACCACUAUCUUCAACCCAAGCGUUCCGAUGAGCACGUAUCUGGUGGUGUUCAUCGUGAGUGACUUCCAGUUCAAUGCCCAGAACAUUGUUCCCUCCAUUGGGAAUCCAUUUGAUCUGCGAGUCUACGCAACUCCGACACAGAUUGGAAAUGUACAAUUUGCUCUCAGCACCGCAACUGCUGUAAUUAAACACUACAUCGAGUACUUCAACAUCGAGUACCCGCUGCCGAAGCUGGAUAUGGCUGCCAUUCCGGACUUUGUAUCCGGUGCCAUGGAAACCUGGGGGCUGGUGACCUAUCGGGAAACCAGCAUUCUGUACAAUAAGGACACGAGUUCCACGGCGAAUAAGCAGCGAGUGGCGGAGGUCAUUGCCCACGAGUUGGCACAUAUGUGGUUCGGAAACCUGGUGACGAUGAAGUGGUGGAACGAGCUGUGGCUAAACGAAGGAUUUGCCAGUUACAUUGAAUAUAAGGGCGUACACAGUGCCUAUCCCGAUUGGGGUAUUAUGGAACAGUUUGCGAUUGACAAUUUGCACGGCGUUCUAACGCUGGAUGCCACCCUCGGAUCACAUCCGAUUGUUGUGAAGGUGGAAACUCCAAAUCAAAUAACGGAAAUUUUCGAUACGAUCACCUAUUCUAAGGGGGCCUCAAUAAUUCGCAUGCUGGAGGACUUUGUUUCCGAGCCAAUUUUCAAGCAAGGCGUGACAGCGUAUCUAAACAAGCUGAAAUAUGGUAAUGGCGUUUCCGGCGAUUUGAUGGAAGAACUGGAUGCACUGUAUCAAGAUCCACCGGUUACGGUUACGUCGGUGAUGGAUACUUUCACCAAACAGAAAGGAUUCCCUGUUGUCACUGUGGAACGAGUUGGCAAUCAGUUACAUCUGACUCAGUCGCGUUUCCUGGCAGAUCCAAACGCGAAUGAAACGGAGGAUUCUGAGUUUGGCUAUAAAUGGUACAUCCCGCUUACCUAUACCACUUCCCAAGACCCAACACUGGUACACCGCAAGUGGUUUCCCAAUACGGUCGAAACGGUGUACAUUGACAUUCCGGCGGGGACUAAUCCGUGGGUUAAGCUGAAUCACAACCAGGUCGGCUACUAUCGGGUGAACUAUCCGAGCAACAGCUGGAAACAGUUCAGCGACGCACUGGUAGCCGAUGUGAACGCUUUCAGCAUUGGAGAUCGAACUGGACUGCUGAACGAUGCAUUUGCACUGGCUGAUGCUUCCCAGCUGCAGUACGAUGAAGCGCUUGACUUGACCAAGUUCCUGACCGAAGAGUUGGAGUACGUACCGUGGGCGGCCGUUUCGAGUAAGAUGAAAAAUGUUAGAAAUUUGAUUUACGAUUUCGGUUCGUACGAUGAUAUUAUUAAAUAUGUUCGUAACCUGGUUCAAAAAGCAUACACCACUGUCGGGUGGGAAGUUGUUGAAGAUAAUCUCAUGAAAAAUCGCCUUCGAACUACCAUUCUGGAUCUGGCGUGUUCCUUCGGUCACGAAGAGUGUCUCACCGAAGCGUCAAAACAGUUCAAUGCCUGGCUGAAUACUAACGCUGUUAUCCAUCCGGACGUCCGAUCCGUAGUUUACUAUUACGGCGUUCAAAAAGCUUCCUUCGAAGACUGGCAAAAGGUUAAGCAACGCUUCCGCGAAGAAACGGACGCCAACGAGAAAACCAAAUUGAUGAGUGCUCUGGCUGCAUUUCCCGACGCUAGGGUACUGGCGGAUUUCCUCGAGGAGGUCUGGGAUUCAACGCUGGUUCGGGAGCAGGAUCAUCUUAGCUGCAUUCAAAAUGUUGCCGCCAAUAAGAUCGGCGAACCGGUGGCCUGGGAUCACGUUCGACAGAACUGGGACAAAUUGGUGGAUCGGUUCACUCUGAGCGAGAGGAAUCUCGGUCGCAUGAUUCCGUCCAUUACCGGCCGAUUCUCGUCCAAGGUGAGACUGAUGGAGCUGGAGGACUUUUUCAGACGCAACCCGGACGCGGGAGCCGGUGCGAAUGCCCGAGUGCAGGCACUGGAGAAUGUUGCCAACAACAUAAAGUGGCUCGAGCGGAACCAACAGAUUGUGGCCGAUUGGUUGAAGAAGGAAUUGGCGUCAUCGCAACGAUGAGGCUUGUGUUUGUAUUUACAAAGGAUAAUAAAAUGUGAUAGGUUUAAAUUUCA